UCAGAUUGCCUCGGUAAGUCAGCGCGCUGUGUAGAUUUUCGUAGUCGCUGAGACGAGUUAAGGUCUGGGAGUCUUGUGCGGCCAAGGACGCUGAUCAGUAAAUUCCUGGCUUGGUCGCCCCUCAUUUCUCGCCUGACGAUGGCGAUGUACACUUGCAUCACCUGCCGUGUGGCGUUUCACGACGCGGAGGUGCAACGGGCCCAUUACAAGACCGACUGGCACCGCUACAACUUGAGGCGAAAAGUGGCCAGCAUGGCCCCGGUCACCGCCGAAGGCUUCCAGGAGCGAGUGCGGGCGCAGCGGGUGGUGGCGGAGCAGGAGAGCAAGGGCACGGCCACCUACUGCACCGUCUGCAGUAAGAAGUUUGCGACUUUCAAUGCCUACGACAACCACCUGAAGUCCCGGCGGCACGUGGAGCUGGAGAAGAAGGCCGUGCGGGCAGUGAAUCGGAAGGUGGAGAUGAUGAAUGAGAAGAACUUGGAGAAAGGGCUGGGUGCGGACAGUGUGGACAAGGAUGCCAUGAACACGGCCAUCCAGCAGGCCAUCAAGGCUCAGCCGUCCACGUCUCCCAAGAAGUCGCCCCUCGUGCCUGCAGAGGAGUCCAGGGCUUCCGUGGCCGAGGCUGCUGGUGGACGCGUGACUCACGACCGAGAGCCGACCGAGAAACCGCCCCGGCUCCAGUGGUUUGAACAGCAGGCGAAGAAGCUGGCAAAGCAGCAGGAGGAGGAGAGUGAGGAUGAAGAGGAUCUGGACGGAGACGAUUGGGAAGAUAUUGAUUCUGAUCAAGAAUUGGAAUGUGAGGAUACUGAAGCAAUGGAUGAUGCAGAGGAUGAAGAAGCUGAGGAAAGCUCACCCUUUGGUGCCAUCCCUAUAACAGACUGCUUAUUUUGUCCCCAUCAUUCAAGUUCCCUCAUGAAGAAUGUGUCUCAUAUGACUAAAAUCCACAGCUUCUUUAUUCCUGAUAUAGAAUAUCUUUCAGAUCUCAAGGGACUGAUUAAAUAUUUGGGAGAGAAAGUUGGUGUUGGGAAGAUUUGCCUGUGGUGCAAUGAGAAAGGGAAGUCCUUCUACUCCACAGAAGCUGUACAGGCACAUAUGAAUGACAAAAGCCACUGUAAGCUUUUCACAGAUGGUGAUGCUGCUUUGGAAUUUGCAGACUUCUAUGAUUUUAGGAGUAGCUACCCAGAUCACAAGGAGGGGGAGGACCCUGAUGAGGCUGAGGAGCUGCCUUCAGAAAAGAACUUGGAAUAUGAUGAUGAAACCAUGGAGCUGAUUCUGCCUUCUGACUUCCAAAUGGUAUUCUCAGGUGGACGUGCCUCUGUCUUAUGGAAGGAAUUUAUCUCGGGUGCCAGAGUGGGUCAUCGCUCCUUGAUGAGAUACUACAAACAGCGAUUUGGCUUGUCAAGAGCUGUGGCAGUUGCUAAUAAUCGGAAGGCUGUGGGCCGGGUACUUCAACAGUACAGAGCCCUCGGAUGGACUGGCAGCACUGGAGCGGCUCUUAUGCGAGAGCGGGACAUGCAGUAUGUCCAGAGGAUGAAAUCAAAAUGGAUGCUGAAGAUAGGAAUGAAGAAUAAUGCCACCAAGCAGAUGCACUUUAGGGCCCAAGUGAGAUUCUGAGCGUCUGCUGGGACUGAGAGAUGCAUCUGCUGCCGUUUCCUCCUUGACUCAGGACUGGUAGAAUCUGGAUUGUACAAUUGUGUGAUAGACAGUUUUGCUGUUGCUUCCUUUGUUCUGACCCAGUAAUAAAAGUCAGAAUCACA